UUCUAACUUCUGACCAAUCAACAACUACGGUUGUCCGCUCAAAUUUGAACUGUUUGAACUUGGCUAGGCCGGCUAGGCGGCUAGUUUGCGCCGUUGUUGCAUUUUGGGUUGGCUGGGCGCUUGUUUUAUGUGUCAGCUGCAAGCCCGCGGGCUGUUCGGCCGGCGAAAGCUAAGUCGCUGUGCUUAGCAUUAACUCUUUGCUAAAGUUUGUGCAUCGUAACUUGGCUUUUCCCGAUGUCUUUUCCAAAGGCACCCCGCUUCACUGCGAACAGCGCAGAUGAUGUGCCUCCAGUUGGGUCUUACAACUUACCUUCGGAAAGCAACACACCUGCGCCCAAGUUCUCUUGUGCAACCAGAUUUCGCGACAGCCAUGCGACCAGUUUUUCAACACCUGGUGGUUCCUUCCGUUUGCCACCCGUACCGUUGCAUGCCUCCAAAGAACUGUUGAAGCGCAGAUUGUCUGAGAUGGCACAUCACCUGGAGGAGAGGGACAUGCUUAUAGCGCAGCUACGAGUCAGCAAAGGGAAGCUCUCAACCCGUGUGAGCCAGCUGGAGCAACUUCUCAGAGGCCUCUCACGGAAGGUGUCAUCCAGAAAUGAAACCUUGCACAGUUCGAAGAAACCAAAAAGCAGGGAGUCUUCACUGACAAGACGGCAAGAUAUAGAAGCAGCUGAAGCUAUCUUGAAAAAACUAGGUGAAACUGAUGAGGCAGAAGCCUUUUCUGAGGUCCGGCUAUCAAGAGGAACACAAGAGCUCGCAGAGGAAAUCGGUGAAAUGAUUGACAAGAUGAAUGCCGAUGAUGCCAAGGCCAGCAACACAGGCCCUGCUUUAACAAGCACAUCUUCCCAAACGAAUCUCAUGGAUGCAAAUGGCCAAGAAAAUGCAAGCUUCAAGGCAAAAGCUUGUCUUCUUGAGCAAGAAAUUAAGUGUUUGAGUGAUAGGCUGACAAAUAUGGCGACAGAAAAACAAGAAUUGGAGAAGAAUCUGGCAGAAAUUUGCACAGAAAAGUCGUCUCUGCAAGGAAGAAUAGAGGAUACUGAAGCAAAGUGUAGUGAACUUUUCCAGCAAGUACUACGUCAUAAAGAAGAAUGUGCAACCAAGCAUGCACAAGUGGAGCAAUUGGUUUGUGAAAAUGAUGUGCUGAAAAACGAAGCACAGUCACUGAUUGAUUGCAAGCAAGAGCUGAAUGAAAUCAUAGACCAGAUGAAGGCAGAGAAGCAAGAAUUGGAAAAGACGUUGUCAGAAACUUGCAAAGAGAAGUCUUCUCUGGAAGCACAUGUUGAGAACUUGGAUGCCAAGCAAACUGAACUUCAUGAUGAGCUUGUAUGCAAAAAACAAGAAAACACUGCCCUGCAGGCUCAAGUUGAACAGUUUGUCCUUGAAAAUGAAAUGCUGAAAACCGAAGCACAAUCGUUGACUGAUUCUAAGAAAGAGCUGAACACAAUAAUGGAGCAGCUGAAGGCAGAAAAGCAAGAGUUGGAGGAGACGUUGGCAGAAACUUGCAAAGAGAGGUUUUCUCUGCAGGUAAGCAUUGCGAACCUCGAGGCCAAGCAAGCUGAACUUUAUGACGAGCUUGUAUGCAAGAAACAAGAAAACACUGCUCUGCAGGCUCAAGUUGAACAGUUUGGCCUUGAAAAUGAAAUGCUGAAGACCGAAGCACAGUCAUUGACUGAUUGCAAGAAAGAGCUGAACACAGUGGUGGAGCAGCUGAAAGCAGAGAAGCAAGAAUUGGAGGACACAUUGGCAGAAACUUGCAAAGAGAGGUCUUCUCUGCAGGUAAGCAUUGUGAACCUCGAGGCCACGCAAGCUGAACUUCACGACAAGCUUGUAUGCAAGAAAAAAGAAAACACUGCCCUGCAGUGUCAAGUUGAUCAAUUUGCUCUUGAAAAUGAAAUGCUGAAGAACGAAGCACAGUCAUUGACUUAUUGCAAGAAAGAGCUGGAUGCAAUCGUGGAGCAGAUGAAGGCAGAGAAGCAAGAAUUGGAGAAGGAGUUUGCAGAAACUUGCAAAGAGAGGUCUUCUCUGCAAGUAAGCAUUGAGGACUUCGAGGCCAAGCAAGCUGAACUUCAUAAUGAGCUUGUAUGCAAAAAACAAGAAAACACUGCCCUGCAGGCUCAAAUUGAGCAAUUUGUUCUUGAAAAUAAAAUGCUGAAGAAUGAAGCACAGUCAUUGACUGAUUGCAAGAAAGAACUGGAUGCAAUCUUGGAGCAGAUGAAGGCAGAGAAGCAAGAAUUGGAGGAGACGUUUGCAGAAACUUGCAAAGAGAAGUCUUCUCUGCAAGUAAGCAUUGAGGACUUCGAGGCCAAGCAAGCUGAACUUCAUAAUGAGCUUGUAUGCAAGAAACAAGAAAACACUGCCCUGCAGGCUCAAAUUGAGCAAUUUGUUCUUGAAAAUGAAAUGCUGAAGAACGAAGCACAGUCAUUGACUGAUUGCAAGAAAGAACUGAAUGCAAUUGUGGAGCAAAUGAAGAAAGAGAAGCAAGAAUUGGAGAAAAAGUUUGCUGAAACUUGCAAAGAGAAGUCUUCUCUGCAGAUAAGUGUUGAGAACCUUGAGGCCAAGCAAGCUGAACUUCAUGACGAGCUUGUAUGCAAGGAACAGGAAAACACUGCCAUGCAGGCUCAACUUGAACGCUGGGUCCUUGAAAACGAAAUGCUGAAGAACGAAGCACACUCAUUGACUGAUUGCAAGCAAGAGCUUAAUGCAAUCGUGGAGCAGAUGAAGGCAGAGAGGCAAGAAUUGGAGAAGGAGCUGGCAGAAACUUGCACAGAGAAGUCCUCUCUGGAAGCAAACAUUGGGAACUUUGAAGCCAAGUGUACUGAACUUCAUCAUGAGCUCCUAUGUAAGAAACAAGAAAACACUGCCAUGCAGACUCAAAUUGAACAAUUGGUCUUAGAAAACGAAGUGCUGAAAAACGAAGCACAGUCACUGACUGGUUGCAAGCAAGAGCUCAUUGCAGCAGUCGACCAGAUGAGGGCAGAUCAGCUAGAAUUGGAGGAAAAGAUGGCGCAAACGUGUGAAGAAAAGUCUUCUCUGGAAGUAAGGACUGAGAACCUUGAGGCCGAGCUUUCUCAACUCCAUCAUGAGCUCCUAUGCCAUAACAGGAAAACACGGCCAUGCAGACACAAGUUGAACAAUUGGUCCUUGAAAAUAAUCUGUUGAAAAGGGAGACACAGUCCCUUGAUAACUGUAAGCAAGAGCUCAGUGCACUUAGUAGUACACUCUCUCAUGUGAAAUUGGAAAAAGAA